CUGUGACGUUGCAGCUGGGGUAUCCUGAGUCAGGGUCAUUGGCCGCGCGCUGUCCGCCCUUCCCAGAAACUUAACAGAGAAAAAGAAAAGUUUGAACUCCGCUGCGGACUGAGUGUCAGGCGGUGAAGGGAAUAGGACAGCUGUGAGCCCUCAGUACCUGCUCAACAUGUUUAAAGUUGUGUCCUGUCUUCUAACAGGACAGUCCUGCUGUCGACCCAGUCUGGCCAAAUUCCACUUGGCAAGUGGUGCAUUAUGUCAGAAAUCAGCCUUAAAAUACCCUCCCACAGACCUCCCAGAGAUGCCCCCAUGCAGUUUCAAACCAGAGGAAUACAAGGGUAUGUCCAAAGAGCGGAUGAUGGAGAUCCGCAAGCAGAACUGCAACCCCAUGACCAUGAAGGUUACCUACUAUAAGAAACCAGUGUUCAUCCACCAGGGAUACAUGCAAUGGCUGUGGGAUGUGGACGGGAGGCGAUAUCUGGAUCUGUUUGCUGGUGUGGCUACUGUCAGUGUGGGUCACUGCCACCCGAAGGUGACAGCAGCCGCAGAGCAGCAGUUGAAGAGACUGUGGCAUACAACUAACAUCUAUGUCUAUCCUCCUCUCCAUGAGUAUUGUGAGAAACUGGCUUCCUACUUCCCAGAUCCUCUUAAGGUGAUAUAUCUGACCAACAGCGGCUCAGAAGCCAAUGACUUGGCUAUGUUGAUGGCUCGACUUCACACAGGCAACUAUGACAUCAUCACUUUCAGAGGGUCAUACCACGGUGGCAGCCCACUGACCAUGGGUCUCACUUCCAACUCAGCAUAUAAAUACCCCAUCGCCAAUGGUUUAGGCUGCACAAAUACCAUGUGUCCUGAUGUGUUCAGAGGUCUGUGGGGAGGAAGCCACUGCAGGGACUCUCCCGUGCAGACCAUCAGAGAAUGUGGCUGUGCCCAAGGCUACUGCAUGGCAAAUGAACAAUACAUUGGGCAGCUCAAAGAGACAUUUGCUACUAGUGUCCCGAGUCGAAUUGCUGCUUUCUUUGGAGAGCCUAUUCAGGGAGUCGGAGGAGCUGUGCAGUACCCAAAAAACUAUCUCAAAGAGGCUUACAAACUUGUGAGAGAAAGAGGAGGAGUCUGCAUUGCUGAUGAGGUCCAGACUGGAUUUGGGCGAACAGGAAACCACUUCUGGGGUUUCCAAGGUCAUGAUGUCAUUCCUGAUAUGGUUACAAUGGCAAAGGGUAUCGGUAAUGGCUUCCCAAUGGGAGCUGUUGUUACAACACCAGAAAUCGCAGCCUCAUUUGCCAAGGGGGUUCACUUCAACACCUUCGGAGGAAAUCCUGUGGCUUGUGCCGUUGCUUCGUCAGUGCUUGAUGUUAUCAAAGAAGAUGGCAUACAGCAGAACAGUCUGGAUGUGGGCACCUAUCUGAUGACAGAACUGGCAAAACUCAGGGACAAGUACGAGAUCAUCGGUGAUGUCCGUGGGAAAGGCCUGCAGAUCGGUGUGGAAAUGGUCAAAGACAAGGCCAGCAGAGACCCGCUGUCUCCUGAGGCAAUGAAUGAGAUCUUUGAGGACGUCAAGGACAUGGGAGUCCUGAUAGGGAAAGGAGGACUGUACGGACAGACCUUCCGCAUCAAACCCCCCAUGUGCAUCACGAUGGAAGAUGCAGAUUUCUUCCUGGCAGUCUUUAACAAGUCCAUCCACAACUACAUGGAAAGAAGAUGAAGGUCAGAUGGAUUGCUGAGAGCCAAGGACCAAACCUGGAAAUCCACUCUAGCAGUGGAUUGCUAUUUUUGUACAUCUUUUAAAAUGUUGAAAAUGUCAGUAUUAAUCAUUUUGACCCUCUGGGGAAAUCUACCUCUGUUAUUGGCUUUGCAUAGCCAUUGUAGAAGCAAUGUUUAACUAUGUUUUAACAUUUUGAAAAAAAAAACUUAUUUGAUUUCUGGUGGUGAGUUAGCAUUUGUUGAGUAGAUCGAUACCACUCUAUCUGUCUCUUAAAAUACAAAGCUACUACCAGCAGCCAGUUACUUUAGCUUAGCACGAAGACUGGAAACUGGUAGAAACAGCUAGCCUGGUUCUCCCUACCAACACCUCUAAAGCUAACCAACAUGUUAUAGCUUGUUUGUUUAAUUUGUAAAUUUAAAAAAAAAGUGUAGAAAACAACAACUUGGAGUUUUACUAGGGUUUGUACUGGACUUUCUCUUGGCUGGGACUAGUAACUUCCUUGGAUCUUCACUGGUUGCCUGGCAACUGGCCCUGAGCGAGAAAUAGUUCAGCACAUAACCCAAGGUAAAGCAAUUAAUUUUUCUUUUUUUUUGGUACAGAUUAAACAAACAAAAUAUAAUAUUUUAAUAAUUUAAGGCAGAUCUUGUUACCUUUGGACAGAGCCAGGCUAGCUCUUGACCCUUGUUUCCAGUCUUUGUGCUAAGAUUAGCAUUAGUUGGCUACCAGUGGCUUCAUAUGCACCAUACAGCCAUUUGAGUGUUAUCAAUCUCUAUGUCGAACUGUUCAUUUAAUAUAUACAAACACCUCAUUAAUUAAAUGAGAAAUAAAAAUCAUGUACAGUGUAUUUUUAACACCUGACGAAGUUAAUUUUGUUCUUUGUGGAUGUACUGAAUCGUGCUUGGAUGUAACGUAUGAUUGUUUAAUAGUUUGUAAUUUGUGAACACAUGCUUUGUUACUGAUUAUAAAUGUGAGCUUGAGGAACAACCAUUUGUGCUUUAACAAAUUGGUCACACUGCCCCUUGCAGGUAUCUAUUUUCUUCCUGUUUGUUUAUGGAAGUCCUAUAAGUACUGCAGUAGUUUUAAUGAUAUUUUUAAUCCAGUCAUCCUGUAAAUCACAUGUUAAUUACCUCAUAAUCUUGGAAUAAAAAAGUUAUUUUAUCAUGA